GGAGCUGCAUAAUUAGGCUUGAAGUACUGGUUUCAAAAUGUUUCGUAAAUCCUGGGAGUGGAUGGGUUUGAAAUGCUUCACGUCAAGGCAUCGGCCUCCUCCGUCCAGCCAAUUUCGUUGUUUACAGAAGUGGCUGGACAUGCCGAGCUACAGAAUAAAGUUCCUUCCUGGAUUGGAGAGCCCAGCGAGAGAGGGAGGGACCUGAAGCGGUGUGUAAACCGAGGAAGCAGCAAAGGCUUCGGGUUUUGUGGAGGUGCUGCUGUGCCAGAAGAUUUCGGGAUCCUUCUGGGAACCAGCCAGGACCGCUGUUAGAGGCUCUGUUUUACUUCUCCAUCACCUUCCUUUCUCUCCCUUUUUUCCUUUCUCGGUGCCUUCUGUCCAAAGAAGAUGGAACCCAACUGCUCAGCUCCGGCAUGAAGUGAUUCAGCAGCUCCUCGGGAAGGCAGGGAGAGCCUGAGAAUUUGGGCUGGUGACACCCAACGUUAUGGCCCAAGGCGUGGGGACCUCCCGUUGUCCUCUCCUCUGAGAAGUGGGGUGUUCCUCCCACACCACCACAGACUCGGUGGUGGGGCACAGCCCUGAAGUUUUCUUUGUCUCCGAGGGAAGAAGCUUCUUUCCCUGAACCUCCGCUGCGGCACCACCGCUAUGUCUGGGACCUUGAAGUUCAACGGGUACAUGAAGGUGCGCAUUGGCGAGGCGGUGGAACUGCAGCCGACCCGCUGGUCCCUCCGGCACUCGCUUUUCAAGAAGGGCCACCAGCUCCUGGACCCUUACAUCACGGUGAGUGUGGACCAAGUCCGGGUGGGACAGACCAGCACCAAGCAGAAGACCAACAAGCCCACCUACAAUGAGGAAUUCUCCAUCCCGGUGACGGACGGAUGCCAGCUGGAGUUGGCAGUCUUCCACGGGACCCCCAUUGGGUAUGACGAUUUCGUGGCCCAUUGCACGGUCCACUUCCAUGAGCUGCUCCAAAGCACUGGCUCGUCUGACAGCUUCGAAGGCUGGGUGGACCUGGAACCUGAAGGAAAGUUAUUUGUUGCAGUAACUCUCCUGGGUAGCUUCACUGAAGGAUUUGUCUCCUCUCCACCCUCCACCCACCUGCAACUUUAGGAUCUGCCCGUCCUCCCUGGUUGCUG